AUGUUCGAAGGAUACUACGGUCGGCGUCGUUUAAAAAAUUUAUGUUUACUACUACUGAGUCUUCUCAUUCUGUUAAUACUCUACUAUCGACGACAAGAUAGUAAACGCGAAACAGCUCCAGCGAUACCAAUACAUGUCGAAACUAAACCCGCAGCUUUGCCACUGGUAUCAUUGAAGAGGCCAGGCGUAUUAUCAACAAUCGAAUUUUCAAAUUCACCUUAUUUGGAUUUGAACUCAUUUUCAUCGGAUAUCAUUCCUGUUCUGGUUUUAUCUCGAGCGUGUAAUAUUGAAGUCCGUGAUGCUAUACGUCGUACAUGGGGAUUUUAUCGAUCAUAUCGCAACAAUACUUUACGACUGAAAAUCUUUUUUCUCGUUGGUACAGAUGAUCUCUUAACCGAACGCAUACGUAUGGAACAAAAUAUUUUCGAUGAUGUUAUUCAAGUAUCAAUUCCAGAUAUGUAUUCAUUCAUAGCUUAUAAAGAACUAUCUGCCAUGCUAUGGGUACGAAGUUAUUUACCAUCACAUUCAUUCUAUCUCAAAACCGAAGAUGACGUUAUUAUCAAUAUGAAAAUACUUGUCAACAAUUUCCUCCCAAUUAUCGAAUCUGUUUAUAAUCAGAAUAUAAUCAUUGGUUGGUUUGGUACUGAACAUCGUGUACCACGUGGCAAUUAUCAAAAAUUUGUCAACGCCAUGAUCCCACCUUCCAGUGGCAAUAUAAAUUAUGCAAUGAGUUUAUUGUAUGCUAUGACAGCUACUGCUGCUGAUCGGAUUAUGGAAAACUUACAAGAUAUCGACUUGAUUGAAUAUCCAGGUGAUCCAUUUGUAACUGGAAUACUUCGCGAUGCAGCAAAGGUUCAGAUUAGUAAUUUAGCGACGAUGGCGGAUAAAUUUCAAUAUACAGUAGCCAGCGAAACAUGUGAGACUGCAUUUUCAAGAAAUUUGAAUUUAUUGAUAUGUACAUCAUCGUUACAUACUGGUUCUCCCAAAUCGAUGCCCGAAUAUUUCGAUGCUUGGAAUGUAUUGAUCGGAGAAACUUAA